AGUUUCUGCUCGUGUAUCGACGAGUGAACAGUGUAGAUUUUAGAUGUGUUAAUUUGUGUUUUCGUAAUGUGACAUUUCUCCAGUGAAAAGCAAUAAAAAUGCGAUCAAAACAACUAUUAAUACAAUGUCUCUGGAUUAUGUCAGUACUCGUGCUGGCCUCCGGUAGAAUACAUAAACUCGAAAUACGGAAAGAUGUCAGGCGAUACAUUUCUCUUAGUACCUUUGGUUUCUACAAGGGAGGUAUUCUCGACGUAAAUUUAACAAAUUUCAAGGCCGAGCCUUUUCACGAGAAUGCAGUGUUUGGAUUCAGUUUGGAUCGUACGCUAAGCGAUGCGAUGAAUCCGUAUUUGGAUAGCCAUCAAGAAAGAUGCGUACUCCAAGACAUUUCAAACGUGAAAUCUGAUUUCGAACAGAGGGAUGACAGCGCGAUCAUAUACUUUACGAUGGAUUUAAAGAAUAAUUUGUUGAAAGUGAACUGCAGUCGAAACGUACACACUGUGCAUAUCUACAAAGAUUCUAGCAGUGUGUUGGCGUUUCGAGAAAAGAGAAACUCUUUUCCGGGUCGAUUUAGCGAUACCGUUCUCUUUCCACGAAGAAAACGUUACACCUCCUACGGUAUCGAAAGAUCCGCUGUUGAGGAUGAAUUCGAGACGAAAUCGUCGGAGAGCAACGUUUGCUCUCGUUUAAAGCUUCCAAUGACCGUACAGACUAUAAAAGGAGAGAAAUAUUAUAACACAAGUUUUGCCGUAUACGUCGCCAGCAAGGAAGAAGAAGGACUCUACAAUCUUUACUUUCACAAUUGUCCAAAUUAUAAAUAUGAUUCUCCGGUUGCGUUAGAUUUUACAAUACAAAUAUCAGAAAUAAAUAGCGGGAAUUUCCUCAGCGCGGGUGAAAUGCCUUUACCGGCUCUCUAUUUUAUGAUGGCACUUUUAUUCUUUUUGUCGGGUUGUUUCUGGGUGUUUAUUCUCAGAAAGAGCAAGCACCCUGUUUUCAAGAUUCACUAUCUAAUGGCAAUUUUGGUGUACUUAAAAUCUCUGUCACUGCUUUUCCACGGAAUCAAUUAUCAUUUCAUACAAACGAAAGGAGAACACGUAGCAGCUUGGGCGAUUCUAUAUUAUAUCACUCAUUUAUUAAAAGGAGCUGUACUUUUUAUUACAAUCGUGCUCGUUGGUACUGGAUGGACGUUUAUUAAACACAUUUUAGCCGACAAGGAUAAAAAGUUGUUUAUGAUCGUGAUACCGUUGCAAGUAUUGGCAAAUGUGGCCGAAAUAAUAAUCGAGGAAAGCGAAGAAGGAGACAUUGAACACAAGACCUGGCGUGACGUGUUCAUUCUCGUGGACUUACUUUGCUGUGGUGCCAUUCUAUUUCCAGUAGUUUGGAGUAUCAGGCACCUACAGGAAGCUGCGCACACAGACGGCAAAGCAGCUGUUAACUUACGCAAGCUCAAGCUCUUUAGGCAUUUCUAUAUCAUGAUAGUUUGUUACAUUUAUUUCACAAGAAUCAUAGUGUACUUACUGAAGAUCACGGUACCUUUCCAAUACGAGUGGUUGGACGAGAUGUUUCGUGAAAUGGCCACGUACGUGUUUUUUGUUCUUACCGGGUACAAGUUCCGACCAGCAUCCGCGAAUCCGUAUUUCACGUUAACUAACGACGAAACAACCCAAGCCGAUGAGGACGAUGAGAUGGACGUAGUUCUCUUUUCCAGUAUUUCCGGAAGGAGUGGCAUCACCGAGGGUCUUAGCAAAGUUAGCAAAGUUCCAAAAGUCGCGAGGCCCGCCACUUCGGACGUUCCAUCCACUCAGGAAGAGAGAGAUUGUUUGUUCAAUAAGACAGAACCAUCUCACGAGUACGACUGAACAAAGUAGGAAUUCUUUGUAACGUAUGUAUAUGAUUUUAGUGAAAAGCAGAAAGUGACAGACUCGUUUCGUGGUCUUGUGAUAUUUCGAAAUACCGAUAGCAGUCAGUUAAACAUCUAACGAAAAUGGGAAUACGUAGUUAAAGGUAGCAUCAAUCUUGCUGUCUGAAUUUGUUUUAGGGAAGGACGCCGGAUCAUUAUUUUACGCGAUAACAUACACUGUAUUCGCUUAAAUCUUGAGACGACGGUGGAUACUUUUAAUUUAAUUUUAUUAUCGUGCUCGAUCUAAUCGAAGACGUUCCGUUCAGCACCUCGUACCAAACUUUCUUCCGUUUAUAUCCGAGUUUUCGUCUGUAAGAAAAUUAAACGCGAAUCGUAAAAUUUAGCGCAAUCUAUAAUUACCGGUAGAAAAUUAUCAUAGUUUUAAAUACGCGAUACGUUAUAAUACGUUUAGAAUUAAAUUUGGAUGAAAAACUCGGUGGGAGAGUAAAUUCGUGUUUUUAUAUGCAUCUUGCUCUAGCUGAUUUUUCGUAGGCAUUUAGCGAAACGUUCAGACAUUUCCAUUUGUUUUUUCCCCAUGACAACCUUUAAUUUUCUUCGAACGAAGAAUCCGCGCCCCGGCGCUUUAGUAAUCUUGUGAUAAUUGAUACACCCUGGUGUAUCAUAAUCCAUUUUUGUAAAGCACUUGAUAACUUUUUUGUAUAGAAACAAUUAUUGUGUCAAGAAAAAACAAAGGUGUAAUAUGUUUUAAAACGUUUAAUGUGUCCCAUUACGAAACAUUGUCGUUAUUAUUACUAUUACCGCUACUGUAUACGCGUUAUCGUAAUUAUUGUUACGUCUGUUACUAUUAGUAUUUUAUUAUAUGUAAUAAAAGGGACACGCAAGAAUGAAGUUGAACAAAUAAAAUGGAUAUUUUUAUGAAA